UCUACUCUUUGACAAAAUUCCUUUAACAAGUUAAUAUUGCUUACCUAAGUUCAUGCAUCUAUUUUUUUCUGUUAUUUUGAGGCAUUACCUCUGUUUCCUUCUCUUUAAUCUGUUGGUUCUGCCUGCUGUUUUUGGGCUUUUCCUGUUUCUGCUCUAUAACCAGUGGACAAUGCCUCUCUUGCUGUUGAUGAUGGUGAAAUGGGAAAGGAUGUUAUUCCUAAUAAUAGAGAAAUAGUAGAAAGUUCUCAUAUAGUGGAGCCUCAUGUGGGUGAGGAAAGAGAAGUUUUGGAGCAUCCUGAAGGAAUGGAGUUAAUUACAUACAGUGGAGAUGGUGAUCUAGAACCAUAUGAGGGUAUGGAGUUUGAAUCAGAUGUUGCUGCCAAGGCUUUCUAUGAUGAAUAUGCUCAACGUAUUGGCUUUAUCACCCGUAUCGGCUCAUACAGCCGUUCAAAGGUUGAUGGUGCCAUCAUAGGACGACGAUUUGUUUGUAACAAAGAGGGUUUUAGCAGGGGGACUGUUAAGAAGCCAGAGGCAGUCACCAGGGAAGGUUGCAAAGCAAUGAUCAAUGUAAGGAGAGAUAAAAAUGGGAAGUGGGCUAUUUCAAAACUUGAAAAGGGCCAUAACCAUCCACUGAUUAUUUCUUCUAAGGUUCGGCGUGGUUCUCUUCUGAUUCAGUCUAUGGGAGAUGAUACAAAUAAAAUCCGGGAACUAUCGUACAAGCUGCAACGUGCAAAUAAACAGUGUGCAAUAUAUAAAGAACAUCUAAACAUGAUCUUGCGGGAAAUUGAGGAGCACACAGACCACCUUUCUGACAAAGUUCGGGACAUAGUCCAUAAUAUUAAGAAACUUGAGUCUCAGGACCAACAACACCAUGAACAAUAGACCUAGGAUUUAUGUUUGCAGUUUUUUUCUCCCCUGUUUAAUGUCUUCAUUGUACAGAUCAACCGAGUAACAUGAAAGGGGUUCUUAGCUGCAGCCACUUUUGAUUCUUCAGUGCUUUGGUUAUUAUGGCUCAGAAACACUAUAUGAGUUCAA